AAAUUGAGAAGGUGUGCCUCCAAUCCGUCCAUGCUUGUUGUGCUGUUCCCGAACACGAACGAAACCGGGCAACAAUCACCCAAUCUGCCACCUUCUCUGUUUGUCAACUCCUCGGUCAUCACCUCUCGCUGCCUUGCAAAGGAGCCCUGCAGGUGCUUUGUGCCCCGUCUCAUAUUUUCGUCUCUCCUGCCUAGCUGCCGCCCCGCCCCUCUAGUGUCACCGUCCGCAUCCCUCCCUGUGCGAGGUCGACAGCGUCCUCGUUUGCGGCGCGCCUGUGCUCCUGCGAGGACGGCCGGGUCUCAAACGAGAUGCGGUUCCCACGGCGUAGGCCACUGCAGCCGCUGCAGGCCCUAGGCCAGCCUGCAAAGCCCAUGCAUCGGACUUGUGCUGCACAACCAGCCCGGUAGGUAGGGUGCCACCGACGAGGUACCACCUGGGGGUGACUGCUGCUGCACGCGCCUGUCGGCUUCGCUACUAGGCCUGUUCCCUUCCUGGCAUGGCCACUUCCUCCCUCGUUCUUGCCCUACCCGACCCGAGCCGGAGGCUUUGGUUGUCCGCCCAGCCGCCCAAGGUGACGCGCUCUUGGUACUUUAACUCUAGCUCCCGCCGCGCCCUCCCCCUCGGCAGCCCAAUCUUACCGUUCCCACACCAAAGGUGCCCUGCGGUCUUAUUGUUUGCCAAACCAGGGGACAACGACCGACAUCAUGUUCAUCGGCCUCUGAAAAGGGCCUCGAUCCCCGUCACGGAUUCCUGCCGGUCCUACCUUCUGGCCUUGCUCACUCCCUCCCCGCACCAAGAAAAAUAGAGGAAAGAUAAAGACAAGAUGAAUGUCACAGCGGGAACGAGAUAAUAAAAUCCAGAGACGUCAAUAAUCACAACCAGCCCUGUCCGGUCGCGGGAGAUUUUUUUCCUCUCCUGGGCCUUACGUGUAUCCUUGUCCAACGAGCACUCAUCGCUACCUCCACAGCCAGUGCCAAGUGGGUUCUGUCAUCAACCUCACUGGCAUCGUCAACAGCCAACACAACACAGGGAGUUUCCUGGGUUCUUCUUCUUCUAACUCACAACCUGGAACCACGGCCACGACCGCUGCCAGUAUCGCCCGCAGGAUUGGGUCACUCCGGCUCGGCAAUAUAUCUGGGGGUGGAGAGGCAGUUCUCGGAACAACGCAGAGGGUCGCAUACACUGUCGCUACCGCUACCGUGUUUCGUUGCUCGACAGACUUCAAGACGGGAGGGGACCUGAACGCCGUGUUAUCAUCCUCCUUGCAGGUGGCUUCGUUGGGACAGCCAUGAAGAUUCCGAGAUAGCGAGAUUGGCCUCGAUUGAUCCUUGAAACCGCCUUCUUCUUGGCUUGGCCAUCUCUUCGCUCAUCGCUCUUUUCUUUUCCUCCUCACCAUCGUUUGUGUCACCCAACUGCCCCUCCAUCAGGGAGGGACAAGUGCCGUUCCAUGAGGACACAUGAAUCGGCCACCCCUAACAGCACUUGAUACCAUGUCCAGGACAGCACACUGAUUUCGACAAAGCUCCUCGGGCGCGUACUAGUUUUCGGAAGGGAUGGAAAGCGCGACACCUCCGCUCACCGUCGUGCGGGACUCGCAGGGCUGCAUACCACUCACGAGGGUGAUAUCCGAGGGGGACAGCGUUGUCCUGUUGACGCCCGUCGUUGUGCCUCCCCGUGAUCGAGGGCCGCCUCCUCCCGGGUCCCUCUCACAAGACCCCUUUGAAGCUUUUGCUCGGGCGCUUAUGAGGCAGUCGCCCAAACCCCAACUACACCAUGUUCCAUACACAGCAAAGGGUGGGGUUGGCCAGACCCAUUUUGGGAUUAUCACCAGGGAGAACCCAAGGCUACUCAUAUUCUUCAUCUCGGGACCGCCAUUAUCAAACCAACCGUCGCAGGUCAGCAUGGCGAAGAAGCUGCGGGACGGAGCUGGCGGCCGGCUACUGAUAGUGCUGGCCUGCUGUAGCAUCAGCGAGCUCGACGGGCUGGAUGCGAGCUUCCCGACUAUCGUCCAGACGUCGGGUUACUCGCCCGCCGCCCUCGAGGCCGCCGUCGGCUCGCUCUACAAGCCGAGCAGCAACCUGCUGCAAAACCUCGUCCUGGCCCCGCAGGAGUGGGCGGUCGAGGACUUUUCCCUCCACCGCGACCUCGAGGACGUACACGGGCUGUGGUGCCAGUCGGUGCCCAAGGACUUUGCGGGCCUGUCACAAAGCCAGCUGCAGAAGCUUCUGAUGCGGGAUGGCUACACUAGCCACUACGUCGUGCGCGAGCCCGAGUCGGGCCGUCUGGUCGGCUUCUGUGCCACCUACAUAACCUACGCCGACAGCAACGUCGAUCACCUCGUCGGCUCGCUCGCCAUCGUUGCCGUCAGGCCCGAGUACCGCCGCCGCGGCAUCGGCCUGUCGCUGCACGACCACGCGCUCCGCAAGCUCCACUGCAUCCGCGGCGUCUUCCGCCUGCAGCUUGGUACCACCUUCCCGCGGCUGCUGUUCGGCCUGCCCCUGGCCAGUCCAUCCGAGGGCUGGUUCCGCCGCCGCGGGUGGGAGCUGUCGCUCCCGCACGUCCCGGGCCGGGGCCAGGAGGUCUGCGACUGGCUGCUCCGGUUCGCCGACUACCCGGAGCGCUUCAACGUGCCAUCUUCUUCCGCCCUCUCCUCUACAGGUCCCGCAAAGGCCCUCGCAUUCCGGCCCUGCGAGCCGCACGAAUUUGAACAGGUCCUGGAGCUGGUCGACGCCGAGUCGGCGCGUAACGACAAUAUGGGCUGGUAUGACCAGUACCGGCCGCUCAUGGACAAUCCAUUCUGCAUGCGGGACAUCAUGGUGGGCGUGACGGGGGGUGUCGUCUCUGCUUGCGCCAUCACGUACGUGCCGAGGUCCGAUAGUGAUGUCGUCAAGGACCUGCCCUGGGCCGGGACCAUCGGGGACGAUAUCGGCGGCGUUACGUGCAUAUGCGUUUCGGAUGGAAGUCUUGCCACUACAACGUCGCGCGACUUCGUCAUGGUCCGCCUGCUGGAUGCCUGCGUGAGGAGUCUGCAGGAACGGGGCAUGCAGGGCAUGUUCCUCGACGCCAUCAGAGGCGGUGACGAGGGAUUCCUGGUCAUGGGAUUCCGCAAGUGGGCGCGAUACCACGAUUCCUGGCGGCCGGUGACUUCUACCUGAGCGCUGAGUGGCGCUUGCUUAUUCGCUGAUUAUUGUUACCGCCAUGCAACUCGCCACACAAACUGUGUGUUGGUAAAACGCCCGGACCUGCUGGGUCACGAAAGCGUCGGCCAUUACCAGGUAUUGUAUGUGCUAUUUUACACUAUAGUACUGUCUCUUCCACAGAGAGGCAUAUAAAACUAGAUGAUUAGUUACCCGAGAUAGAAGCUUUUGCUGGUGUGCUGCCAAAGGACCGAGCAUAAAUGACAACAAAGUCGCAUUAUAGGAGACACAAGGCUGCGCACCUGUUAUUGAAUCUCGUUUUGAU